AUGGAUGAAUCAUUUGACGAACUGUCGAACGACCAGCUGCGGCUGCGGCUGCUCGAGUACGGUCUCUCAAACACGCCGGUUACGAGCACGACCCGGAAGGUGUUGCUGAAGAAGCUGAAAAAUCACGUUUCCGGCGGUACCGGCACACCCAAGGGACGCCGCGAAACGAUACACACCACCAAGCACUCGUCGGACGAGGACAACGAACCGCUUCCCGGGACGCCCGGUUCGGUCACCAAAAAGGGAGCGUCCACGAGUAAAAAAGAAUCGGCGGCCAGCAGCAGCAGCCGGCGUGCCACAAUCGCCGUGUCGAAACCGGCCAAACCUGUUUUUGUUGGCUCGUCAUCAACACAACCACCGGUGGCAACCAAACCUGACCCGCCGCCACCGCAACCCGUUCAAACUCCGUCGAAACGCCGAUCGGGAAGAAUCACACCGGUUCAGGGGGCGAAGGGCGAAACUCCACUGAUAACCGUUCCCGAUGUGCCCCCGAUACAGGAAGAUUCGGACGAUGACAUGAUACCGUUGAAUCAGUUGACACGGCGUGAUCGAAAGUCCAAGAGUCCAUCACUGUCCCGGGCUGAAAUGCUUACGACGUCGUACGUGCAUCAGGUGGACGUGGGCCGAGGCCUCCCGUCUCAACCGAUCUUCGAGGAGAUGGAAGUCGAUCCCGAGACUGCUAGUAACGCGGAAAUCGAAACGAUCGUGCUCGAUGAUGACGACGAGAUGGAACUGGCAUCGGCUCCGACCAUAUUUCAACAGCCGCCUGCCCCGGCCCCGGCGCUAAAAGAAACUCGGUACGAUCGCACCACCACAACGCAGUCGGUUGAAAGUACCCGGACAACGUAUACCAAGGGCCGGCAGGAACUGUUCGAUGGCGAUCGCGGCAGCAGCAGCAGCACCGUUCCGCCAUCAAGGCCAACUCCCAACAUCACAAAACCCUCUACCUAUCGUGCCAGUGUGGCCACUACUCGGGUCGACAAGGCACCGGUCUACAAUCCGACCGACUCGCCGUAUCUGAGUGAGUUCACCAAGCGACUGUCUCGUUUGCGAGCCGAAGCAGCGGAACAGUCGUUAAUCGGUGGCGGCGACGACGAAGGCGACUUGCCAUGGAGACGCACCACGAUGGCAUUCGGUGAUCGAGCAGGAGGAGGAAACGGUACGAGUACAUUCCGGUCGACUUACGGAGCAAGGGAAAGUUAUAAUCCACAGCCAGCACCACCGUCUACCGGCCGGUACAGAGCGAUGGCCCGCGAAUCGGUGGCCCCCUAUACCAGCGGGUCCAAGCCAGGCAAAACGGACAGCUUUCGGUCUUCGGUCCGUCAGAGCAUACUGGCGUUCGAUCAGCGGUACAGAAUUCAGAAGUUGUUCUACACAGUUAUCGUUCUUUUGGCGGUUAUUUUUAUAUUCGUGUUUUUCUUCCUCUAAAAAUCCUCAGUCGAAGCGUGGUGCCUACAGGGCGCCACCAAUGCAAU